UACAAAUCCACUCUAUCACAGAGAAGUUGUAAAGCUGUCUAAGAGGUAUGGACCAGUUCUACGAUUGCAGUUCGGCCCGAAGAUGUUUAUUUUCCUGAACGACUAUGACGUAGCCAUGGAGGCACUGGUGAAAAGGAAGACAGACUUCGCGGGACGACCGGCCAUGCGAUCACUUGAGGUAUUCUCACAGGGCAGUGGUAUUUCUUUUUCUCCGUAUUCAGAGCCCUGGAAGAUAAACCGCAAAGUGGCCAGUGUAGCAUUGAGGAACUUUUUAAAGAGCAAGGUUAUGGAUGAAAUAAUUGAAAACAAAAUGAUAAAAUUUAUGGACAAGAUGUCAGCGGUAAAUAAACCCUUAGCAGCAAAAGAAUACCUGAACAAGAUUCAAUUCCAUAUUCUGUAUACUUUAUGCUUUGGAAAAAGCACAGACGAAGAGAUAGAAAAUUUCAUUCAGAGAGUUGAAGAGAUUGACAAAACCUUCGGUGGAGGAUUUCGGGAAGAUAUUUAUCCUAUUUUUGAAAAACUGUGGCCCUCAAAAAAUUAUUGUCAGUACGUAAAAUUGGUGAACAAUUUAUUACACAUCUUUUAUGGCUACUUAGAGGAACAUAAGAGGUCAUUUGAUAAAAAUAACAUCCGGGAUAUAACAGACCAACUACUUUUGUGUCGAAACGAGGCUGAGGAAUCGCACGAUGAGGAAGUUGUGAGAGUCAUGAACGACACUCGUAUUCUUCAGACUGUUUUAGCUGUCUUCUACGCUGGAGUCGAUACGACAAGAAUGGCGAUGGACUGGUUCGUCUGCUUCAUGUCAGGGAUACCCGAAAUUCAAGAAAAAUGCCGACAAGAAAUCGAUUCUGUGAUAGGAACCAGACGCCCAUCAAUAAAUGACCGACCAAACUUACCAUUCACUGAAGCCUGCGUGUACGAAACAUUGAGACUUGGAAAUGUAGCAGCAUUUGGCUUACCCCAUUCCACUCUAUGUGACACGCAGGUUGGUGGAUAUGACAUUCCAAAAGACACCACAGUCAUGAUUAAUAUAUAUGCUAUCCAUUUGAGCCCAAGAUAUUGGAAAACUCCCGAGAAGUUUGAUCCAUAUCGCUUCUUGACAGCGGAUGGGAAACUGGAGGGUAAACCAGAUGGUUGGUUGCCGUUUGCAGCUGGGGUGAGAUCAUGUCUCGGGGAAGCCUUGGCAAAAUCGGAGAUAGUUACACUGUGUGCGUAUCUUCUGCAAAGAUUUGAAUUUAGGUUACCUGAUGGAGUGGAUCCUGAUUUUACAGGAGUGUGCAGCGGACUUAGUGGAACUGAGAUUCCCACCUCGUAUGACGUUGUUCUGAAAGAUCGCUUUGCGUAAAAAAGUAACUUUUCUGUUUCUUUCUGCCUUUUUCUCUACAGUCAUAUAAGUGGUUAUUUUCAAUGAACAGUACAAACCCAUUUACUAGCCAUGGUAUACGUUAAAUUUUAUUUAAAAAAAUUCCCACCUCGUAUAACGUUGUUCUGAAAGACCGCUUUGCGUAAAAAAGUAACUUAUCUGUUCCUUU